UGGUGCUACUGUGAUCAAGACGAAUUCGGUUCAAUGAUUUGUUGUGACAAUCAAAAUUGUGAAAUACAAUAUAAUUGUGUUGGAGUGGAAACGGCCCCAAAAGGAAAAUGGCAUUGUCCAGACUGUAGAAAGUUAAAAUCCAAAGCUAAGAGACCUUUGAAAAAUGCUAAGCAGUGA